UACAUCUAAGAAAGCCAUGGCCUUCAUUGUUCUCUCCAUAUUACUACUCUUAACCUUAGUGAGUGCUCAAAACAAACAGAUCAAUAUAACCUUAGGCUCCUCCAUCACGGCCGCCGACGGGGCCGGUUGGCUCUCGCCAUCCGGCCGAUUUGCCUUCGGAUUUUACCCCAAAGGCCUGACAGGCUUUGCCAUUGGAGUUUGGCUCGCAACGUCCCCCAACAGGACUAUUGUAUGGACGGCCAGCCGUGAUGAUCCUCCCCUCACCGACGGAUCCAUCACCUUAACUUUCGAUGGACGGCUCCUCUGGGGCGCCUCUGGUGGCCAAGAGAAGGCCAUAUCCCAAGCCUCCGAGCCGGUCACCACGGCUUCGAUGCUCGACAACGGCAACUUUGUUCUUUACGGUACGAAUCAACAAGUCAUUUGGUCUACCUUCAGUUCUCCGACAGAUACACUCUUACCAGGACAGAGCUUAGUAUCUGGAUCAGAGCUAUACUCUAGUGUCUCCGAAACCGAUCGGUCGACCGGAAACUACCGACUCAAUAACCAAAAUGAUGGCAAUGUUGUGUCGUACCCCGCGGGCACGCUCGAUGAUGCUAACAAUGCAUACUGGGAUACCGGUACUUUCCAAAUUGGUUUCCCCAUUACCCUUGCUCUAAACAGCAAUGGCGUCCUAUACAUAACGGGAAAUAACGGUAAUUACAGUAAGAAUUUGGCACAGGCUACGACGUCCAGUGGAGUCGAUGUUUAUUACCGGGCGAUCAUCGAUGUAGAUGGGAUUCUUCGGCUUUACUCGCACACCUUUGGAACAAAUAACGCCUCUACUACAAAGGUUGAAUGGGCAGCGCUAAAUGAUCGAUGCUUAGUCCGGGGCGUUUGUGGGCUUAAUAGUUAUUGUGAUCUCGGCCCUGAUGGCGAACCCAAUUGUCUUUGUCCACCGGGCUUCGAAUUUAUCAACUCUAAUCAAAUUUCCCUUGGUUGCACGAGUAACUCCACCAGCGUUGGAGACUGCUCAAUGAUAAGCUCAAACGGAGGUGAAGCCGGAUUAGUGAUGGCUACCAUGAAUAACAUAACAUGGGCGGACAUUCCAUUCUUCAUUUUGCCAUCAACAACAAGCUUCGAUGACUGCAGAGCCGCAUGCUUGGACGACUGUUUCUGUGAGGCAGCACUGUUUCGGGGAGAUGAAUGUUCGAAACAAGUGCUUCCGUUGAAGUACGGACGGGUGGGGAGCAAUGAUACGCUAUUCAUCAAGGUAGGAACAAUGAAUACCAACAAUCGAAGUACAACUAACGAUAAGAAGAGACAGUUCAGUUCGAGAGCUCUGAUUACAACAGCAGUUUUAGCUACCUUCCUGGCGGUUGUGCUCACCAUCUGCGGAUUUCUUAUCUAUAGAAAUCAAAGGGUCAGGAGGUAUAGAAGGCCAUUGGAGUAUGACAACACCAGUUUUGAUGAGGAGACUCCAUUGAGAUCAUUUUCUUUCGAAGAGCUAGAUACAGCAACAGAUGGCUUUAGGGAAAUGCUAGGAAAGGGAGCCUUUGGGAGUGUGUUCAAAGGGGCAUUGGCAAAGGGAGAGAAGGUUAUUGCAGUGAAGAGACUAGAAAAGAUGGUAGAAGACGGGGAGAGGGAGUUCCAAAGAGAGGUGAGAGCAAUAGGGAGGACACACCAUAGAAACCUAGUGCGUUUGCUCGGCUUUUGCAACGAAGGCUCUAACAGGUUGUUGGUUUAUGAGUUCAUGAGCAACGGCUCACUCGCGAAUCUUCUCUUCAGGUCAGAGAACUGCCCAGCUUGGAAGGAAAGAGUUAAGAUCGCAUUGGAUGUGGCCAAAGGGCUUCAAUAUCUUCAUGAAGAGCUCGAGAGUCAUAUAAUUCAUUGUGAUAUAAAGCCUCAAAAUAUUCUCAUGGAUAGCUCGGGGACUGCAAAGAUAGCAGAUUUCGGGCUCGCAAAGUUGCUGAUGCCAAAUCAAACAAGAACCUUCACCGGGAUUAGGGGCACAAGGGGGUACCUCGCACCAGAAUGGUACAAAAAUGCGCCGAUAACUGUAAAGGCCGAUGUGUAUAGCUACGGAAUCGUGUUGUUAGAGAUUAUAUGCUGUAGGAGGAGUAUGGAAAUGGAAGAGACAGGGGAAGAACAUAGUUUGCCAGAGUGGAUGUAUGAAUGCAUGACGGCCGGCGAAUUAAGAAACGUAAUCAACGAUGAAGUCGUCGACAUCGCUGAGUUGGAGAGGACGGUGAAGGUGGGGCUCUGGUGCGUUCAGAACGAACCCGUCUUCCGGCCUUUGAUGAGGAAUGUGAUAUCGAUGCUAGAAGGUAAUAUGGAAACUUCAAUUCCUCCAGCUCCAGCUUCUUUUUCAUGAUGUCAGAGCGAGCCGUAGUCAUGUAGAGUAGCAAAAUUGUGUGAAAAAGAAUGAAAACUUCGGUAAAUAUAUACUUUUUAAAUACUUAUUUUCACGCGCUUGCAGCAAACAUAUAUACUGUUGAUUUAGGAUGUAAUUUUAGUAACGCUACUCUAAGAUAUUAAGGUUUAAGCUUCCUUGAUAAAUUCCACUUUCUUUUCUUUAUUA